AUGGACUUGACUGAGAAUAGACCCGUGGCAUCCAGAUCAAACAGCAACCUUGACCCUCAUCGUGCAGGGGCUGUUGUCUCAGGGUCCGGCACAGGCCGUGUUCGCACAGCCCAUGAAGUGGAUCCCACAGGCGACGACAACACUCGCGAUAGGCCACUGAAAAGGCGUAAGACUGAUAGGGUGUCGCCACCGACUUCUCUGCCUGUGCGACCCAGGACACCGAAGCCGUUCGUAAAGUUGAACGUGCGUGGCACAAUAGAGGCUGUCUUCUCAAGUGGCGUAUCUGUCUUCGCAGCGGCACCAAAUGAAUUAUGCGGCAGGCUCGUCAUAGGCACUCUUGUGCGAAGUAUAGAAGACGUCCGGAGAUCAUUGUCUCGUGGGCCUUCACAAAAGAAGCUGGUAUUGCUUGUAGCAGCGGGUGCCAACGAGUCGAGACAACGCGCCAAGAAUUACGCGACAUCAGGCGAUUUUGCCAGCGUUGGCGUGUUCCACGAGUCAACAUCGGAACAAGAUUAUACCAAGGAGUGGGCUCGUCUCGCCGACAAGGAUCUCAUCAUAAUUGCCCGAGAUCCAUUCUUGUCAUCCUUGCGGACGAGGUCCAUUCAGGUCGUACAACUCGCCACCAUUGUAGUCGACGAUGCUCGAUGCUUACAAGCUGACAUCGAGGAACUUGGUCGAUUCUACCAAGCCGUAAAUGUUGUAGAGAGACCGCAUGCACUUGUGGUACUAGAAGCGGCUGACAUAGAGGAAACUGACAUUACUCUCUUUGAGCGGUACAAGGCGCACAUGCUGGCGAGCGCAUGCCAGCCAAUUGCUGAUGACCACUAUAUUUCGUCACCUUUCUUCAUGCGGCGCCCUACUCAAUGCGUCAAAGAAUACACCCUCGAUCGAUACACAAGCUUGGAGACAACAUUGUCCCGGAGACUAUGGGAGGUUUAUCAGACCAAGUCAAUCCCACCGCGACUAUACAUGCAAGCGCAAGAGGUACUUACGGAGCUGGGGCCAUGCGCCGCCGAGCUGUUUUGGAAAUUCGCAUUGGGCAAUAAGUGGCAGGUAUCCUCGUCAUCCUCAAGUAAAGACACCAUGAUGGAUGGAUCAAUCCAAGAGGUCGUCAAGAAAUGGCAAUUCCGCGAACCGUGUCCCUCAGGGCAGCCAAGUAACACUAACAUGUCGGCGAAAUUCCUUGUGCUCGUGGGAUUGUUGACUGCACAGCCGUGCUCUGCCUCAAUAUUCCGAGCGGUCAUCUUAGUCCAGCGCAGGGUCAUCGCAAAAAUGGUUGCAGAAAUGUUAAGCAUCUUGGCGCAGGUCGGCACGCUGGGCAAGCUGAAGCCUCUAGCAGUAACAGCAGAUGAACCACUCGUGGAUCCACAAAUCCAGGAGUCAGUUAUGGAAUACUUCAAAAAUGGGACAUAUAAUCUCCUCGUGAUUACUAAACAAUUCGAGGACAUGGACUUCCCCCGGUCGCAAACAUCGGAUAAGCCGUACUGUCAUAUAUGGAUCAAUUUUGACGUCUUGGAGAGCGAUCUGUCUUUCGCAUUCUCGUUUGGAACUUGUAGCCCCCAAGGGCAGAUUGUGCAUAUGGUCAACAAAGACAACGCCGACCAUCGACGCAUGGUCUCUCGUUGGCAAGAUCUUGACAAUAGUAUGCAGGAAUGGCUGGAGUCCAACAUACACACAGCCAUGAAAGGGGGCACAAUGCCCCCUCGUACACUGCAUGAAUCACUUGAUUCUUGCCGCUUGGACAUAGACAGUGAAGAGGACGAAAGCACUCCCUGCAUCAGGGAUCCCACGACUAACGCCACGUUGAUCAAGGCGGAUGCUCUGACCGUCAUUUAUCGCCUUGCGGCCAGCAUGCAGAGCGACAAAAUCUCGUACUGGUCACGCAGUUUCUUCGAGUAUCGCAAAACGGAAGACGCUGGCUCUGACUCGUUUGUUCAAUGUAUGGUCUUCUUUCCUGCGAGUUGUCCCGUCUCUGCCGUCAUUGGCCCCUCCACUGCGUCCAGGACAGAAGCAAGGCGACUCGCUUGUUUCAAAGCUUGCGAGACUUUGUUCGAACACGGUGUUCUCGAUGAUCGCUAUUUUCCUCACAACCCGCAGCCCCAUGUGCUAUCUUCAACAGACACAUUUACGACGCAAGACGGUAGCCCGGGGCGUACCGCUGUCGCUUCGACAGGCACACGUAGUUACGAGAGGAAACAUCCGAAAUUUUGGAAAAACACUUCUAGGACAACGGUCUGUCGUCUCUAUCCCAUGCUGGUCUCGGUUGGCCCUUUGAAAGACAGGUUCAACGCCCCGAUCCUCAUUUUCGCAAGAGGACCUCUUCCUACUCUCCGGAUGUUCUCAAUCUUUUCUGACGGUUCCACGGCCAAUGUUCACCUGCGCAGGACUGCGCCUCUGGAUCUUAAUGAUGAGCAGCUCGGUUUUUUGCAUGAGUUCACUGUUCGUGCCUGUCGAACAAUUACAAAUAAACCGUAUACCUGCUCGCAGGAGAGCAUGCCUUAUUUCAUAGCACCCCUAGCUGCUGCAUUUUCGAAGGUCCUCUGCGACGAAUACGAAAGCUCUGGCAUACCGGAUGUGGACAACUAUAUCGCCUGGGAUUUGGUCAGGGCCGCAGUAAAAGACUUCGUCGUGCCUCUGCUGUCGGACGCGAGACAGAGCCUCGAAGACUUUGUGGAGGAUGCUAUCCUUCAAGAUAGGAAGGUCGAAUUCACGAAUCGAUUCUUUGCGGAGCGCAUCAGGCCAGAUUUGACGCCGCUGAGCAAGGCGCACGACAGCCCACGCGAAGAGGAGUAUCCAAACUUCCUGGAAUAUUGCAAAGCACGAAUCAAGGACUUUGCAGGUCUGAAGGAUGAGCAUCAGUCGCUAAUCGAGGUGUCUCCUGUUCCAAACGCAGUCAACAACCUGAAUCCGACUGUCAAGGUUAUACCGUCCUCGAAGACGCCAGCUAAAUAUCUCAUUCCCGAACUCGUCUUCAGGCUUACUAUUCCAGCAAGCGUCUUUCGCACAAUCCUCCUCGUGCCAUCGAUUCUCAAAAGGAUCGACGAUCAGCUCCUCGUGAAAGAGCUCAAUAUGCUUUUCUUCCGGCGUACAAUACAGGAAUCUGCUCUCCUUACCGCCCUCACGCCUCCGUCCGCUAGUGUCCAAUUCGACUACGAGCGUCUUGAACUGUUCGGUGAUGCCUUACUGAAAUAUGUGGCAUCUAUCUAUUGUUUCGUAACAAUGCCAGGUGUUCGCGAGAAUGCCCUUCACGUCGCGCGACAGGACAUCAUCAGUAACAAAGCGCUACUAGCAGGAGCAGUUCGGGCAGGUUUGCCUCCCUACAUCCAGAGCAAGCCAUUCGUCAUUAAGACUUGGCAGCCAACGCCAAUGGCGGCCGCGGAUGCUGUAGCUGGCGCCACCUCUAGAACAGAGACACAAGUAGGCGCAAGCAUUCAGCAGAAUGUCCCAGGAGGAGAAAGUAGUCAGGCCUCAAAAGUAAAACGCGGUAAGAAACAAAGGCAACAGGACGAACAGGACACGCAAUGGCUCGGAGAUAAGACGAUCGCGGAUGUUGUGGAGGCUAUCAUCGGCGCGGCAUACCUAAGCUGUGGCAUUCACGGCACGCUCAAUGCUAUGAAGAGGCUGCACGUGAAUAUCCCGCGCGUCGAGCACUGGUCCGACUUUGCUCGAGAGAUGGCGACUUCGCCUUCUGCAUCUUCUGAGUCGGUCUCUGCUCGUUCUCACGAAAACACAGCCUUGGAGACUAUCUUCGGAUGUCGUAUCCGGAAACCGCAGCUGUUGGCUCAGGCUUUGACACAUGCUUCCGGUGCCCGAGGUGGUCACGGUUAUGAUCGCCUGGAGUUUGUUGGAGAUGCUGUUCUUGACUUCCUGGUCGUCCGGUAUAUUUAUGACCGUCAUCCGAACUUGGCCCCCGGCGGUCUUACGUUGCUCAAAAGUGCAAUGGUGUCAAACCAUGCGCUGGCUGCAUUCUGCGUACAUUCAGGCAUCUAUCAGCACAUCCGACAUGCAUCGCCCGAGGUCGGAUCCGCAAUCAGAACUUAUGUGCACAAGCUACAUACCGCUCGAGAAGCAGAAUAUCAGGCUGCGGCGAGAGGGAACAUGCCGCCCGGCCAGUAUUGGCUGGGAAUGGAUCCACCCAAGAUACUUUCCGACGUCGUGGAAUCUAUUGUUGGAACGUUGCUCAUUUCCGAUGAGUUCUCUGAGGAAGGGGUUGCGAAAUUCUUCGAGCGAGGGUUGAAGCCAUUCUACGACCAGCAUGUGAGGCUGCAGAGCCUUUGUCCACAUCCGACCACGACACUGUUCGAGCUGUUGCAAUCGCAUGGAUGCCAAACCCACCGGAUCAGUAAGGAGAAAGACCAGACGUUAGUGCGUUGCACAGUCAUAGUCCAUGGUGUUACUCUAGCCAUAGCGGAAGACGCACUCUCUUCUGCAGCAGCGCGAGCCGUAGCACUGAGCGCUCUGGACGCACUAGACCGAGACCCAGAUUUCAUGACGCGCACAUGUGACUGCAGGACAGUACAGCAAAGCAAAAAGGCGAAGAAAGUGCAGAAGGAGCAGCUCGGGUACGAGGAGAGCGACAAAGUCGCGGGUAGAUAG